CUUGAGUGCGGAAAGGAGACCGUCGUCGAAAGCAACCGCGUCGCCACCGCCAUGGGUGUCGCUGAUUGGCCUUGGCUUGGCGGGUAGACCGGCGUCUGGCCUUUUUAUCUGUGUUUUUAUCGGUCAUGAUUACCAUUGCCUGGAGUCUGUCGAGGAGGCUGUUCGUGCAGAAAGACCCCAGAUACAUUAACGUGCUCUGCAGAAUGGCAUCCCGCAAAGUAGAAAAGCUCAGUGAUGAUGAACGACAAACCAAGCUGAACCCUCUAUUGAACUCAGGAUGGACGAUGGUGGAAGGAAGAGACGCCAUUUACAAGGAAUUCCUCUUCAAGAACUUCAAUCAGUCAUUUGGGUUUAUGACUCAAGUUGCACUCCAAUCUGAGAAGAUGGAUCACCACCCAGAGUGGUUCAAUGUCUACAACAAGGUACAAAUCACCCUGAGCACUCAUUGCUCUGGAGGCCUCACGAACAAUGAUGUGCAGCUGGCCAACUUUAUUGAGAAAGCUGCAAAGAGAACCACUGAGUAGCUUUUUGCUGCCAUAUCAGUAUAAAUGUUGUGUGACAGUCGGAGUUGUCAAAGGAAGUUAUAUCUGAUACUGGCCUUGAUAUCGACCCAGGUAUGGGGGUAUCGAGUGCUGGAGUAUGUUGGUUCAAUCUCAGAUGUUCUGCUCUAUUGGUUAUGCAUGCUCAUAGUGCCAGUUGAUGUCUGAAUGUACAUGUUCCGUAGGCUGCUUCAAUAAAUAUUGUUAGUAAUCUUGCU